CGUGUUGUUCUUGUGUUAUUCUGGCAAAUAAACUCUCGUUAGCGGCGUCAAGGCUCGUCUGACAUCCCCGCCGGAGUGUGACUAUCAUGGUUUUGUGAAGCUAACGGACAGUUUCAGCUUUUUUCAGCCGAGAUGUCGCUGCUGCAGAGCUCAAAGAAAAAAGACAAGCGUAUUUUGUCGGGUACCUGCCCAGACCCGAAAUGUCAGGCGAGGCUUUUCUUCCCCGCUCACGGCUCCAUUAGCAUCGAGUGCACCGAGUGUGGUCAGCGACACGAGCAGAAGAACCUGCUGAAUGUUGAGGAGGUGACUGAUCCAGAUGUGGUGCUUCAUAAUCUGCUCAGGAACGCCCUGCUCGGCGUCACCGGGGCCCCGAAGAAAGGGACAGAGCUGGUGAAGGUAAUGGGGCUUUCUAACUACCACUGCAAGCUUCUAUCCCCGGUGCUCACCAGGUACGGAAUGGACAAACAAACCGGCAAAGCCAAGCUGCUCAGAGAAAUGAACCAGGGUGAGAUGUUCGACUGCUCGCUGCUAGGAGACAGAGCCUUUCUCAUUGAGCCAGAUCAUGUGUCCACCAUGGGGUACGGCAAGGACCGGUCAGGGAGCCUCAUAUACCUCCAUGACACUCUGGAGGAGGUCAAGAAAGCCAAUGGCAACAGAGAGUGUCUCAUCCCAGUCCACGUAGAUGGAGAUGGGCACUGCCUGGUCCACGCCGUGUCCCGAGCGCUGGUGGGCAGAGAACUGUUCUGGCAUGCCCUAAGAGAGAACCUGAAACAGAACUUCAAGCAGAACUUGGACCGCUACAAGGCCCUCUUUCAGGACUUUAUUGAUGCUGCAGAGUGGGAGGACAUCAUUAAUGAGUGCGACCCCCUGUUUAUCCCACCUGAAGGGGUGCCGCUCGGACUGCGCAACAUCCACAUAUUCGGCUUAGCCAACGUCCUCCACCGACCCAUAAUCCUGCUGGACUCCCUGAGUGGGAUGAGGAGUUCUGGAGACUAUUCAGCCACCUUCCUGCCUGGCCUGGUGGCUGAGGAGCAGUGCAGGGGGAAAGAUGGGAAGCUCAACAAACCCAUCUGCAUUGCUUGGAGCAGCUCCGGCAGGAACCACUACAUCCCCCUGGUAGGAAUCAAGAACACGGUGCUGCCCAAGCUGCCGGCCCGCUUGCUGCCAAAGGCCUGGGGUGUCCCUCAGGAGCUCAUCAGGAAGUACAUCAAGCUCGAGUCAGACGGGAGCUGUGUGAUUGGCGGCGACCGAAGCUUGCAGGAUAAAUAUCUGAUGAGGCUGGUCAACGCCAUGGAAGAGGUUUUCAUGGAGAAGCACAGCAUCCACCCAUCGCUGGUGGCAGAUGUGCACCAGUAUGUCUACAGACGGACCGGUGUGAUCGGCAUCCAGCCCGAGGAGGUGACGGAGGCAGCUAAGAAGUCAGUGAUGGAGAACCGGCUGCACCGCUGCCUGAUUUGCGGCGCCCUCUCUGAGCUCCACGUCCCUCCAGAGUGGCUGGUUCCUGGUGGAAAGCUCUACAACUUAGCCAAAUCCACACACGGCCAACUGCGGCCAGACAAGAACUACAGCUUCCCCCUCAACAAUGUGGUCUGCUCAUAUGACACUCAGAGAGACGUCCUGGUCCCAGAUUACAAACUGAGCUCCCUCAACACCUGCAACUGGUGUCAUGGCACAUCAGUCCGCCACAUCCGGGGAAACGGGUCGGUGGUUUACCUUGACGGGGACAGAACAAACACACGCUCUCAGGGUGGGAAGUGUGGGUGUGGCUUCAAGCAUUACUGGGAAGGGAAGGAGUAUGACAACCUGCCUGAGGCCUUCCCCAUUACGCUGGAGUGGGGGGGUCGGGUGGUGCGGGAGACAGUGUACUGGUUCCAGUAUGAGACUGACUCGGCACUGAACAGCAAUGUGUAUGAUGUGGCUAUGAAGCUGGUCACUAAGCACUUCCCAGGGGAGUUUGGCAGCGAGAUCCUGGUGCAGAAAGUGGUGAACACCAUCCUGCAUCACACCGCCAAGAAGAACCCGGAUGAAUACAACCCAGUGUCCAUCGACGGGGCUCACGUGCAGCGUCUCACCGACACCACAGAGAUUCAGCAGGUGGCAGAUCCCCAGCCUCCCACUAAGAUCAUCCUGACAGGUCAGAAAGCAAAGACACUUCACAAAGAGGAGCUGACUAUGAGCCGGGCGGAGCGCAGCAUCCAGCAGAGCAUCAGCGAGCAGGCCUUCGUCACUCAGAAGCGACGGACUGACAAACUGAAACAGGAGCAGAAAGGCCAUGGCCGGACAUCUUCCCCUGGUGGAUCUCCAGAAACCUCCUCCUCCUCAGCUCCAGCCACACCCACCAAAUCCUCCUCCCCAUCUUCAUCGAAUAAGGAGAAGAAGAUCCGUGUCACCACCAGUGACGGCAGGCAGGCCAUGCUGAACCUGCAGGCCCACACCACCUUUUCAGAGCUGCAGAGGAGCAUCACCAACCAGUUUGGUGUGCCACCAGCGCAGCAGUGCAUUCGCUACGGCUUCCCUCCCAAAGAACUGAUCCCCCCGAAGGACGGUGAGGAGAACGAGCCGGUGGCACUGCAGCACGGCGACAGGGUGACGGUGGAGAUACUUAGGGGCCCCGAGGACAAGAGUCCCGCGUCCUCCAUACCCCGAGCCUCCAGCUCGCAUUCCGGCCUGCACUCGGUGAAGAGCGAGGAUGCCGUGGCGUCCAGCAGGAUGAGCAGCCGGGAACUCCAGGACAGCAUCGACCUUGAGAUGUCCUCCCUCUGUCUCCUAGCAACUUUGAUGGGUGAAGAUGUUUGGUCGUAUGCAAAGAAGCUUCCGCACUUAUUCCAACAGGGUGGCGUCUUCUACAACAUCGUCAAGAAAGACAUGGGCCUGAUGGAUGGGAAGCACUGCACGCUGCCUCACCUGGCAGGGAAAACCUUCGUUUACAACGCAGCAGAGGAGCGUCUGGAGCUCUGUGUGGACGCAGCCGGUCACUUCCCCGUCGGCCCUGAAGUGGAGGAGCUGGUAAAGGAGGCGCUCGUCCAGCUGCGCUCGGAGGCGGCAUCCAGGGGCAGCAGAGAGGGGAGUCCGUCCCACGGCGUGCUGCGACUGGGCAGCGGUGGCGUUGUCCGCAAGAAGGAGCAGCUGCAGAGUGUCACUGCCUUCCAGGGUAAAGGCCACUCUCUGGGCAGCGCAGGAGGCUCCUCCCCUCCCGAACACCGGCCUAUCACACGCCAGCACAGCAGCGGCGUGGACCUGAGCGCCAGCGUUUCCCGAGGACCCCCAGACCUGUCGGACAUCCCCGAGGACGCCACUAGGGAGCUGGUCCGCAUGGCUCCGGGUUUCGUAACUAUGAAGGAUGGUCGCGGCCUGGACCCCAGCCUGAUGGAGCAGCAGCGGAGGAAGCUGCAGGAAAUGGUCUCGUCCAUCCAGGCCUCCAUGGAGCGCCACCUGAGAGAGCAACAGAGCACUACUGCCACAGGGGGCGGGGCCAGCCAGGACCGGACAGGUGGCACUAAGAAGGCCACGAGCCAGCCAGCGACUACAGCUGAACCUGUAGCUGCAGCGGUCGCGACAGCAGCCAGCAAACCAGAGGAGAAGGUCGAAGAACCAGAGGAGAUGGAUAGCCAGGAUGCCGGGCAGAGCAACACCACUGAACCCAUGGAUCACUCCUGAUCAGUCCUGAGCCCCAGCACCACCCCGCCCCCGCCCCGCCUGGCCGCCAUCUGUGGGUCAUAACGCCUCAGGUCGGAUCCUAAAGCUUUGGUCUUCAUCGUGUUGCGUUGUCUUUACUGCAUGACUAAAGAGCGGGUCGACCGUCCUCUCCACUGCAGACUCCAGGUGGGACAAUAAUCAGUAAGGUGAUAUACUGCAACACACUGUCUGCGAUACAUCAAUAAUACUCACAGAUCAAUACUGAAGCUGUGGCUGUGUGUGUGUGUUUACACUGUAUGCACUUUGCUACCCACCCUCAUCUCAGCUGUCGACGCAACUCCAUAAGUAGUCAAAACAGUAAAGGAUUGGUUCCGGCUUUUAAAUAAGUUACUUUGCCUCGUUGGAAUAAGUUUUUCUCUUCAGUUGAUGAAGUAUUGUAAACGACUGUCUUGCAGUAUAUCGCAGUCAUCUGUGCGGUGACAGGAUUGUAUCUUUAGCUCCUUGAUUCCCACCUGCAGACAUGUAAUCCUCUCGCUAUUAACAAGCACCGACAUCCGGGGAGGACAAACCGGUCAGAUUCCUGUGUGAGACGCAUUCCUGUAGAUAGAAGAAUCCUCUGAGUCUUAAUCGGCCACCAGGAGGAGAUCUGCUGGCCGCCGGCAGCGUAGCGGUCUGCAACCAUGCUUCCGUCAAAGUGCACGCUCUGAAAUGUGCACCGGCCUCCGUACGCAUCAACGCCUUCGUCAAUGAAAUCUGCUUUUCCACCGUCUGUUUGUCUGUCUGAGGAGCGCAGAGAGAACUCUGGAUCUGUGUUUGCUUGAUUGUCUGACUCCUUCUUGACCUGAGAUGUAAUAUUCUGCCCCUCUAACAGUCACCACUUCAAGUUCAAUGUUACAGAUGAAAACAGUGUCAUGGAUUUGACGCUUCAGACCAACCUGCACCCCGGAGAGGUAGUAAAUGCAAUUUUUGAGGAUUAAAAAUUAAAGAGUGA